UAUCCUGAUGGAGUCGUCAGCAAGGGGCAUUGACUUGGACAAAGUGGUUGAGGAGUUUAAUUCUUGGCAGAGGCUGCAUGAAAGGCUUGUCCAAGAAAAAGAAGGGCUUCAGAAUGAAGUCAGUCUGCUGCAAAGAGAGUAUGAAGCAUCAAAAGAGAGACACACACAGACAAUGGAAGAUUUCAAGCAAACGCAAGAGAUGGUUACCAAGCUUCAAAAUAUGCUCAAACUGAAGUGCAAUCUUGAAGAUGAGAACCAAGAACUGAAGGACAAAGUGACAAAUGUUAUAGAUGAGCUUGCCAUUACAAGAGAGGAACACAAACUAGCCAUGAGCCAGUCUGACGAGAAGAUGGAUGAACUGUAUAAAACUCACAGGCAGGAAAUAGAGGAUCUCUUGGAAACUACUACAGCAGAGAGAGAGAAGGAGGUUGGGAUAUUAAAGGAGAGUUUACAUGCUAAGAUGAAUGAGGUUAGUAAGCUUCACAAGCAGUUAGCUGAACUGGAGAGAGAGAAACAUACUGAAGUUACAAGGGUUAGGCUUGAGUAUGAUGCUAAGCUGUUGAAACUGCAAAAAGAAAUCACACGAGCCCAACAACAGAGCUCAAAGACUGCUAACAGGGGUAGUGAUAUAUACAGACAGAAACUGAUGAACGCAAAAGCAGAGUCCGACCAGCAGAUUUCAUCCCUCAAGAGAACCAUAUCAGACCUUCAGAGGAGACUUGAUGUGCAAACAGGAGGCACUUAUGGACCAAAGAGAAAGUUCUAAGCUCAGAGAACCAUCUCCAAUACUGCACAUGCAUGUGUGAUAUUAAUGGGAGGCACAAAUGUAAAAGACCUAGCAGAAAGUUUUGAGAAUGGGGAGGUGACUCCCUGGUGCACCUAUGUACAAAGAAAUGAGAAAACAUUCUGAGCUAAGGGAACCUGCUCCCAAAGGCACCAACAUGUAUCCACGGACAUGGGAGAAAGUUUUGAGCUCAGGAAAGUUGCUCCCAUACGUGUAUGAUGUAAACUACAGGCAUCUACGGACCUGAGAGAAAGUUCUUCUAAAGAAAGCUGGCUCCAUAUCAGUUCCAUAUACCUACCAUGUCUACAUCUACAUGUAUGCAAGUAUGAGCUGAAUAGUAUGCACAUUUAGUAUGGAGCUUUUUUAGAGAAAGUUUUGAACUUGGGGAAGUCACUCCAUUUACUCGGGUAAAUGCAUGCAUGUAUGAUAUAAAUGACAGGCAUUUAUAUGGACCCAAGAGGAAAUUCUGAGCUCAGACAACCAGCUUCCUCACGUACUGUACAUGCACGUCUGAAACUGUAGACGCCGAUGUACGGGAAGUUGUUUUUUCAUGUUUAUUUAAUAUGAAUAAUAGCACAUUUUAAACCCAUGAAGUUCUGUCUUGCUUUUUGUGUUUGUUUCAUUGACUGAAAUCG